AUGGAGGCCCUCUCCCCGCGCACAACGAACCAGAAGAUCAAACCAAAACUGGCCAUGGAUCAUAAACCGUUCGAGAAAAAUGCUGUACUUCCAAGUAGCAAGCAAAGGCUUGCAUCUUCCAAAAGCUACGCCGAUCCUCCACCAUCAAUAGUCUCGGAGCCGGAAGAUGGCGGGGAGCGAUACUCAGUAGGUGCAUUCUUGGGAAAGGGCGGGUUUGCUGUUUGCUAUGAGGGUACAUUGGCUCGCAAUGGCCGGGUGUACGCCAUGAAGGUCGUCAAAUCAGCGAUGUCCCAAAAGAAGAUGGAGGAGAAGUUUCGAACCGAACUCCAGAUCCACUCUAAAAUGCGCCAUCCUUUUAUCGUCCAGUUCUACCGCGCAUUCGCAUUCGAAUCCAGCACCUACGUGGUUCUCGAGUUAUGUCCAAAUGGGUCGGUGAUGGACAUGUUUCGGAAACGACGCUGUUUUAGCUUGCCGGAAGUGCGACGGUAUAUGAUUCAGCUUUGCGCAGCGGUGAAAUAUCUACACAAGCGAUUCGUCGCUCAUCGCGACCUGAAGAUGGGAAAUCUGUUCCUCGAUCACCAUAUGAACAUCAAGGUUGGAGAUUUCGGUCUGGCGGCUAUGAUUUUGUCCGACAAGGAUGCUAAGCGACGGAAUACGCUAUGCGGCACACCCAACUAUAUCGCUCCCGAAGUUUUGGACAAGAGCAAAGGUGGCCAUACACAGAAAGUUGAUAUUUGGUCCGUGGGUGUAAUAUGCUUUGCCAUGCUCGCUGGACAAUUGCCAUUUCAGUCGAAAACGCAAGAUGAGGUUUACAAGAAAGUCCAGAACUUGAAUUAUGUCUGGCCCAAAGAAUCAGAGUCCAGCAAUUACAUCCCUGAGGAAGCAAAAGAUCUAGUCAGUCGUUGUUUGAACCUUGUGGACGAGGAGCGACCGGACCCAGACGACAUUGUUGAGCACCCAUUCUUCAACAUGUACGAUGGUUGCAUUCCUCGUCAAUUGGACCCCUCAUGUCGAUUCAACAAGCCACUAUGGCUUAAGGACGCCUCACCUCAGGGUGAUUCUAUGGUAAGUGGAUACGGCUUAGACUCGGAUGAGAGGCUCCGCGCCUAUGUGUACCAGGUGGAUGACCCCGCUCAGCGAUAUCAUUCCUGCAAAGCUGCCUUCUACUCGCUCUGCGGGGUGGGACGUAAACCUGAUGGGACAUCUCGGAAAUCUGUUGGGAGAAAUUGCUCGAAGUCGGCUUUCUCUGAGUGUGAUGUGGAGGAUUCCAGAGGUCUGCGACCCAUAAUACCCUUGUCGCCAGAUCAUGUUUACCGAUGGCCCCAGGACCUUGAAGGAGACUGGUGUCUUCUGGAGAGUUCCCGAAAAAUCAUCCGCAGCGAGGAGUCAAUGCUUAGCAGCACUAUGUCACAACGAGGUAUUUCCAUUCGUCCAAACCCCAUGGCAGCAUCACGGACCAAUGCAGCUCUAGCCGCUGCUCAACAGCGCCGAAUGGAAGGACAGAGCCAUGCCGCAACGCUACGUCAGCAAGCUCGAGUCCCCCCCAUCUCGCCCCGCAAGGUACCUGGAAUUAGUGAUCCCGUCGUUCUAUCGUCUAGACUAUAUCGAGAAAUCACAAAAGCCGAGGCAAAACCUCUAUCCGCUGCGGAUGUACCAACAGGGGGUCUGGCAGAGCGUCCUAUUAGGGCACGAAGGAUGGUAUCUGCAUCCCAAGCAACGACGUUGCGUAACAAGGACAAGGAUGUUGCCCCAAAACUAGCCAAAUCCACAAGCAUGCCAUCAGGCUUGACUGUAGGCAAAACACGCUCUCAGUCUCGCAGAUUGGCAGCCGCUGACCAGGAGUUGAUACAGCCUUCUAUCUCAACCAGAGAACGGCAACCAUCCACUCGGACAGAGGAGCGAAACGUGAUCACCCGUCAGACAUCUUUACGGCCUACAUCAAGAGCAGACCUCAGCACUAGUGUCGGACGAGGCGAAAGACAGAGAGGUAGUCCUAUUGAAGAGUCCGUUCGAUCUGCACAGGCUCAAUCGAAGGUUUCCGCCGAAUCUGAUGGACCUGGUCGGUCUAAUAGCAAGACGACUAGUAGCAGGGCACGCUCUAGUUUGGGGCUCAGUCCUCUCUUUCAUGCAGAGGAUGCCUGCAAGCUUCUGCCCAGGACUUCGUUGACCGAAGUCAACACUGACUUGCGUCUCAUGCUGACCAACUUGAUCAACCAUGCACCUAAUAGGCGCAGAGGGGGAGCACGAAAACAACCUCACGCCUAUGUAAUCAAAUGGGUAGAUUACACCAACCGUUAUGGAAUUGGCUACGUUUUGGAUGAUGGGAGUGUUGGAUGUGUUUUCAAGGGAGAAAAUGGACAGCCGGCGACGAGUGUCGUAGUUCGAGAUGGCGAGCGACAUAUCCGCCGAAAAGCGCGUAGCGUCGCAGAUGGCAAACAACAACCGAUUUACUACUCCGAGGCUGAUCAGUUAGUUCCUCGCACUGGAACCUCGGUUGAAUUCUAUGAGAAUCGUGACGAUGACUUGCUAGGAUGUCGCGGUAUCCGACGAGCAUUGAUCCCGCCCUCGCUCUUCGACGUUAAAAGCUCAAAGGCAAUGAGAGUUCGCUCCAACACAGGAACCGAUGUCGAGCGAGCCGAUGCAGAGAAAAUCAAGCGGAUGAAGCUCGUGGAUCAAUUCGGUAAAUACAUGAUCGGAGCCCUUGGUCGACAUGGCGACGAAGGCAUCCUGGAUGAAGACCUGCCUGAGCACAAUAGUGCACAGUUUGUCAAGUUCUACCAGCGCUUGGGCAAUGUUGGCAUCUGGGGGUUCGGAGACGGAGCCUUCCAAUUCAACUUCCCCGACCACACCAAGCUGGUGAUCUCGCCGGGCCGCACCCGUAGCUCAUCCCCCUGGAUCGACUUCUACCAUCUCUCGUCCUCCGCCGCUCGAUUCUUCGCCGCAAAAGGCAAAAUGCACCCAGCAGGAUUCGACACUCGCGCUGUGGCCUCCGACGAGGCUGCCACAUUCCUCAGCAUCGCGAACGGAGACUCCAUCAAUUCGACCGAAGACCUUAUCCGUGAUAUCCUUGAUGCGAACGCCUUCAUCCAGAAAAUCGCCUUUAUCGAAGAUACCCUCAGAGUUUGGAUUGAGUUCGGGCGACUUGGAGGUCGUCCGCCCUCGAUCGAUUCUGCUUCUGCUGAUGAUUCCCUGCCCGACGAAGCGUUCUGGCAAGGACCACAGGAGCGCUCGCAGCCCAAUAGCCCCGGAACGAAGUUUGUCUGGGUGACUGUCGGAGCACCGGAUGGCGAUGGCCACUAUCGGUCCAUGAUGCUCAAAGAUAGUGACCGGGAGCCCAAGGGCCCUCCAGCUGGGGUGGAAUAUGACAAAGAAAUGAAUCUACUCAAAAACCGGCUACGUACCCUUGGUCGAUGA